AUGGCUGAAAACACUCGCAUGAAGAGUAUGGAGAAUGCCAUAGCAGAAAUGCACAAAACUUUACAAAAAUUUAUGGAGGAUUCAGAUCGGCGUCACAAUGAGUAUAUGCAGCAACGCCAUUUGGAUCAUGCUCGCUUGGAAAGGAUUGAGAAUCAGUUGAGUUCUCUUCAUACGACGUCAUCCACUGGUGGAAAGAACUCCACGCCGACACCGGCGACACAACCAUUUCAGGUGCGUAAUAUCAAGCUUGAUUUUCCAAGAUUCGAUGGAUCUGAGGUCUUAAACUGGAUUUUUAAGGCGGAACAAUUUUUUUAUUAUUAUGCCACACCGGACAACCACCGCCUUACCAUUGCCGCCGUGCAUAUGGAGAAGGAUGUUGUUCCCUGGUUUCAAAUGAUUUCCCGAAAUCAGCCGUUUCAGUCAUGGAAUAUGUUUACGCGUGUCCUUGAGAUGGAAUUUGGGCCGUCACCGUAUGAAUCACCCAGACCGGCACUGUUCAAAUUGGCCCAAACCACUACUGUAGCAGAUUAUUACUCUGCUUUCACGGUUUUAGCUAACAGGGCCCAAGGUCUAAGCCCGGAUGCCACACUAGACUGUUUCAUCAGUGGACUCAAAACGGAAAUCAAACGAGACGUCAUUGCUCAGACCCCCACUUCUCUAUCACGUGCCUUUGCCCUUGCCAAACUCUUUGAAGACAAAUACUUCAUACCACCACCUAAACCACCACCGGCGACCACCCAUAAACCUUAUCACUAUCCAACCCAAAACCCUAACCCUCGAAAUGGCCCCCAACCACCACUUCUGCCGUCACCCACACCAAAAGCCACCACCAACCCACCAAAAUCCAACCCAGUUCGCAACAUCACACGCGCCGAAAUGCAAUUGCGCCGCGAAAAAGGUUUAUGCUAUUACUGUGACGACAAGUUCUCUAUCACACAUAAAUGCCCCAAUCGCCAUUAUUUGCUACUUCAGAUUGAUGAUGAUGACGACCCCCCUCAGCCAUCCGAACCUUUUGAUUCACCCACCCCACCUCCCAGCUCUGUUGACGAGUCUGAGCAUCACUUAUCCAUGAACGCGUUAAAUGGUUCUCACGGUGCUGGUACCUUACGAUUUCAGGGCCACGUGCAGGGCAUUAGUAUCAGUGUGUUAUUGGACAGUGGCAGCUCUGACAACUUUAUUCAGCCCCGCAUUGCUCAUUGUCUCAAACUACCCAUUCAAUCCACUGAACAAUUCAAAGUCAUGGUGGGCAAUGGCAAUUCUCUGACUACUUUGGGAUUCAUAGCUGAGCUUCCUGUCAAUAUUCAAGGACAUAUCCUGCAUAUCCCAGUGUAUCUCUUACCUAUCACAGGAGCAGAUUUGGUUCUAGGCGCCCCUUGGUUAAAGACCCUCGGUCCUCACAUAGCGGACUAUAAUGCUUUGUCUAUCAAAUUUUAUGUCAAAGACACUUUUGUGACUCUAUUUGGUGAGAAACACAAAGGUCCAAUCCCUGCUCAGUUCCACCACAUCAAGAGACUUCACAAUACGAAGGCAAUUGAAGCUUCAUUUACUCUGCAGUUCCAAGAAAUACAUCCUGCCACCGGUUUUGAUCCAACAGGGUUACACCCUGACUUGACUGCUAUUCUGCAUAGUUUCCAUGAUGUUUUUGCUGAGCCUCAAGGUCUACCACCUGCCCGAUUUCAUGAUCAUGCUAUUCCAUUGGUUCAAGGCAGCAAUCCGGUCAAGGUAAGGCCCUAUAGAUACCCUCAUAGUCAAAAGUCUCAAAUUGAAUCCAUGGUUUUGGAGAUGUUGAUCCAAGGCAUCAUCCAACCUAGCAAUAGCCCUUUUUCCUCUCCUGUCCUCUUAGUUAAAAAGAAGGAUGGAUCUUGGAGAUUUUGUACGGAUUAUAGGGCUUUAAACACUAUUACUGUGAAAGAUAGUUUUCCUAUCCCUACAGUAGAUGAGCUAUUAGAUGAAUUAUAUGGGGCACAAUACUUUUCCAAUGAAUUAUUUUGUUUACCUUUUACUGUUAUUUGA